AUGCCUGCCACUCCUCGUCCCAACACUGACUACGAACGCUGGAUGCGGGACUCAAAUCCUGCCCACACUCUUGCCGCCGAGCCAGAUUACGGUCAAGUCCAAAAGGCCACAGAAAUGGAUUCUGCGCUGGAAUAUCAACCGCCCCUCUCAAACCCUCAGAUCUACAUCUCGCGAGAUGACCGAUCGUUCCAGCUCUGGGAAAACCGACCUCCCUUCUCGACCGCCUGCAUCAUCCCCGUCUUCGUCGUAAUAGUCGCCAUCAUCUUCAUCAAGACGCGCCAUUCGCGAGGGAAGGAAGGCGCUGUCAGCUUGAAGGGAUAG